CAGAUAGGCUCUUUCGCAUUUUCUGGCUACAGUUAGUUUGUUCACUCUUUCAUUGGACUCCUCGCUUAGUUCAUGUAAUAGAUUACAUUAGUUCAUCAAUAUAGUCCAUGUAAACAACAGGAUUGAGAUGUUCUCAGACUAGCCGUUAUAGUACAAAUACCAGCCUUCUUAUGUCAGAACUCAGAAUGCAAAGGAAAAUUAAAUCUUGUAAUAUGACAACAAGAGGAAACAUUCUUAGAAUCUUCUUUUUUGGCACUAUGAUGAACACUUUUGGAAUUUGUUCCAUGUAAAUGGUUCCUCUUGAAGUUUCGUGGAAUCUCCUACUUCUUUCUGUAAAGGAAGAUAAGACAAUCAAAUGCAUAUCUAUCGUCCUCUUACACUGCUUUCCUGGAAUCUAAUACCUUCCCAUGAUUCAUGGGCCAUGAAGCUUGACAUCUUUUUAUAUAUGCAUUGCUUCAUAAGCUAAACACUCAAUUAUUUUUCUGAAUCAAUCCCCAACCUGUUUCAAUUCCAAAAAGCUUCUUCUGCAGCAAAAAAGAAAAAAGAGUUUAGCUCUUCGUAGAUGGUACCAGAUUAUUAGCAGCUUCCUCUUAUUGUAAAACUUUGGUUUCCACUUAUUGUAAAACUUUGGUUACUUAGCAUCUUCCCUUGCAUCGUGUUUACAAAAGUAAGCGGUCAAUUAAUAACAACAAGGUCAUAAGAAUCUUCUCCUUAGAUGGUACCAGAUUAUUUGCAGCACGACGGCGUCAUGGAUCAACAACAACAAGGUGAUAAGAAUCUGACUGUAUUCGUAGGACCCUGGGGAGGAAAUGGAGGAACUGCCUGGGAUGACGGGAUCUAUGAUGGUGUCCGUGAGAUCAGACUUGUAUAUGAUCAUUGCAUUGACUCCAUCACAGUGAUCUACGAUAAGAAUUGUAAACCUGCAAGAUCAGAGAAGCAUGGAGGUUUGGGAGGCAACAAAACAUCAGAGAUAAAGCUGCAAUAUCCAGAUGAGUAUCUGAUUGGCGUGAGUGGCUACUACUGUCCACUGGUUAGCAGUGGCACUCCUGUGAUUAGAUCAAUGACCUUCAAGAGCAAUAAACAAGUCUAUGGACCUUAUGGAGUUGAACAAGGAACACCCUUUACUUUCUCAGUUAAUGGAGGGCGCAUUGUUGGCAUGAACGGUAGGAGCGGCUGGUACCUUGACUCUAUUGGCUUCCAUCUUUCACGUCCUAAAUCAACCAAAAUGGUCAACAAGCUUCGGAAGAAGAUCCACUGGCUCACAAGGAUAGUAGCAUCAUAAAGUAUAUUGCACAGACUUUAUC